CAGCUCUAACUAAAUCCACUGCAAAAUUCAAGGAUCAAAAGGUCGCGCAGUGCCAUCUUCUAGAGAUCAUCAGGAUGGCUAGGCGAUCAAUCACAUGUGACUGCUAUGUGUUGCUCUUUUGAGAGAUCUAAAUAUGUCUCACGCAAUUAACAUCGCGAGGAACAGAUUACAGGCGAAGAUCUAAUAUCGAAGACGGAUGGCCUCCAGAAAGAGGUGAGAUCUCUGUGACGUCCCUGUUCGAUGAUCAAGUCCUAAAGCCUACCGAACAUAGCACAGCGAUCCGGAUCUUUUCAAUGUAAACUGCGAUCCACAAAGUUCGGAUGUCAUCCAAUCAAAAUCUAAAACGAAGAACUUCAUUAGAUGGGAAUUUGCUCUUCUAACUGAUGUGAUCUUCUAAACAUAAUUGUGCGUGUGUGGGUAAGCUGAUUGUGAUCUCUCAUCAACUUCUAAUUGUCGCGACCUUCUCUUUAUCUACUUCUUGACAGGGAAACUAGGACAAGUGUGUUUUGCUCCUCAUAAAGAAGCAAUAGAACCAACAAAAUGGCGGUCCGUGGCAACAACGUCAUUCCGAACAACCACUUCCGUAAGUGGUGGCAAAAGUACGUCCGCACCUGGUUCAACCAGGCCGGCCGCAAGAAGACGCGCCGCAAUGCCCGUGAGGCCAAGAAGGCUAAGAUUGCCCCGCGUCCGUUGGGCCUCCUCCGCCCGGCUGUGCACCCGCCGACUGUCCGAUACAACUUCAAGCUCCGUGCCGGACGUGGUUUCACCAAGGACGAGCUGAAGAAGGCCGGUAAACACCCUAUAUUUUUCUUUUCUGUGUUGGUUUUAGACCCCGAUUUUUCGUGUCUCGGAAUUUCUAGGUAGUAUGAACGUUCAAUAGUACAGAACAUCCCGGACUGAAAGAUUUCCUUUGGCAUUUAGGUCUAAGAACUCUCUCGGUCCGCAAGAUAGAGUGUAUUGCAUUGUUUCUAGCCAGAUCUAAAUCAAUUCAAUCUAAUCGACUUUCCAAUCAAAAUUUAGGUAUCCCGAAGAAGAAGGCUCAGUCCAUCGGUAUUGCAGUUGACCACCGCCGCAAGAACAAGAGCCAGGAGUCUCUCGAUGAGAACGCCGCUCGCCUCGAGGAGUACAUGAGCAAGCUCAUGGUUAUGCCGCGUAAGAGCAAGGCCAAGAAAGGUGAUACCCCGCGCAGUGAGUUGGAGGUAAAAAAGUCUAGUUUUCAGCUCUGUCUGACUAAGUCUUAGCCGUAGCCAUUCGAUUUGAGAAACGAUACUCUAACUGUGAGCUCGGUCGUUCAGUCUUUAGGACAUUGUGUGUAGUGUCAAAUUUCGUGAGCCUAAUGGCUUGUGCAUGCAUCGUUUUUCCAGGACAUUUUUUUAGAAAGACAAAUUUUACCUCAAUCUCAUUCUACAGGGCGCUGUCCUCGCCGCUCCGUGCAAGACUCUUCUCCCGAUCAAGAAGCCGGAGCUUCGCGUGAAGUCCCGAAAGAUCACCGCUGAGGAGAAGGCUACUUCCGCCUACAAGAUCCUCCGUAAGGCUCGCGUCGACAAGAAGAUGUUCGGUCGCCGCCUGAAGCGCGCUGCCGCCAAGGCCGCUGCCCAGAAGGAGAAGUAAGCAGACAACUUACUAGUCAUCUACCUCCGCAAGAGUUGUGGCAACAAGGGACGUUGAGUAGCGAGAUUACAUCGUGAGCUUCUUUCUCAACUUCGUGUUCUGCUGCAACCACUUCUGACAAGGGAUCAUCGAAUGCGGACGAUGCAGAUGGCAAGGUGGAUCCACGACGAAGAGACGCCUAAAAAGAGUGAAAUUCAGAUGAGGAGAACACACACGUCAAGUCACCGGCUUUGUUCACAGAGAUAUCGCACUGAGCGUAUGGCUGCAACUCUGCAGGAUCGAAAAAUCAUUUCGCUUCGCGGGUGGACGAUGCAAACAUAUUCUUCUGUGUAUCUCAUGAGAAGCCUUAGACAACAAAAAAGAGCCUUAGUAGUGGCAGUGUUUCUGCCCACCAGACGAAAAAGAAGCCGUCAC